AAGAUGAGGCUCUGGAUGUUUCUCACCGUGCUCUCGGUGACGGUGCACGCGUCGCUGGAGGAGAUCACCAGGAACAAAAAUCGCGGCAGGGGAUCCACGUGGUGGGGUAUUGCAAAAGCAGGCGAACCCAACAAUUUUUUACCGAUGUCAGCAGGUUCCAUACACAUGGAACCGGUCUACGCUACCCUAAGAAGAAAACAGAGGAGGCUCGCUAGAGAAAAUCCGGGAGUAUUGAUGGCAGUGUCAAGGGGUGCGAACCAAGCUAUCGCCGAAUGUCAACAUCAGUUUCGCAACAGGCGAUGGAAUUGCUCGACGAAAAAUUUUCUAAGAGGAAAAAAUCUUUUCGGCAAGAUCGUCGACAGAGGAUGUCGAGAGACUGCUUUCAUCUACGCCAUCACGAGUGCAGCAGUGACUCACAGUAUCGCUAGGGCAUGUAGCGAAGGCAGCAUUCAAUCGUGCUCCUGUGAUUACACUCACCAGUCACGCGUAUCAUCUGCCGUUCGAGAUUGGGAAUGGGGUGGUUGCUCGGAUAACAUUGGAUAUGGCUUCAAAUUCUCUCGCGAAUUCGUCGAUACUGGCGAACGUGGCAGAAAUCUUCGUGAGAAGAUGAAUCUACAUAACAAUGAGGCCGGCAGAGCACACGUGACUUCGGAGAUGCGUCAGGAAUGCAAGUGUCACGGUAUGUCCGGCUCGUGCACGGUGAAGACCUGUUGGAUGCGGCUGCCGAAUUUCCGUGUGGUCGGCGAUAACUUGAAGGAUCGUUUCGACGGGGCUUCUCGGGUAAUGGUCAGUAACUCAGACCGAGCGCGCGUUACCAACAAUGCCAUCACCAGCAACUCGGCGAGUAACUCCGUGCAUCAGCAUCGUGAUGGUCUCGGACGUCGGCAGCGCUACAAUUUCCAGCUGAAGCCAUACAAUCCGGAGCAUAAGCCACCCGGGCAGAAGGAUCUGGUCUACGUGGAGCCGUCACCGCCAUUCUGCGAGAAGAAUCCCAAACUCGGCAUCUUGGGUACUCACGGCCGACAGUGCAACGACACGAGCAUCGGCGUUGAUGGUUGCGACCUGAUGUGCUGUGGUAGGGGACACAAGACUCAGGAGGUGACGGUAAUCGAGAGGUGCUCUUGCACUUUCCACUGGUGCUGCGAAGUCAAGUGUCAGCUAUGCAGGACGAAAAAGACGGUACACACAUGUCUGUGA